AUGACUGAUCCAAAUAUGGUCAUUGGUGCUGAAGUCCCAUUAUCCAAAAAAUCCACGGCACAGGUUUUAACUUCUAAUGCAUGCUUUAAAGGUAUACUGACAGGGGAGUUGGAUCGAGGUCCAACUCUUAUGAGCAAAGAUGACAGGUUGAGUUGGGUUUCUAAGCCUGAGGUCAACAACAUACGCCGACUUACUCGCACUACAACCUCCCGUCCGCUGGGAGCCAGAGGGUUGGAGAUCAUUCGAAUAAGGCAGAGUUUUGGCCUUCCGGCUGUGGGUUUCUUCGGUGCAGCUACCUUGCUCAGUUUCUUGUUCUUUCUUGUUUCACUUCUUUCCUCCCUUUCUUCGUUCUUUAUUAUGUCACUUCUUCCCGUCCUUUCUUCGAAUUCUCAAACACAGCAUGAUGAUCAAAGUCAUGAUGAUCUCGAAUCCAACCUGCCAGAUCAAUCCACACAAGCCAGUAACUCAGAUCAAACCAGACGCUGCCGUGAUAUCAAACGAAAGGACUGCCCAACGAGCCCAAACUUGAUGUCCAACUCCCCAGCUAGUUCUCCAGCUUCUUCGGAAAGUAUAACAAGGCUACGUGAAUCAACCAACACCAAUUCUCCUUCAUUACCAAACUCGACAUUAUCAUUAGCACAUGAGAACCCGGCACAAUCACAGCAAGGGCUGCCCGAUCAUGCUAAUCCUAGCCAUCCUCUGCCUUUCCAUCCUAUAAUCGAAAUGCUUAGACAACAGGAACUAGGCAGGCAUAUGUUGGUCCUGUCAGUUCCCAUGACCAUUGGCCUGUUCGUUGUAUACAAUUCGGUUAAAUCGCCUUUAGCACUGAACGUGAUGGCGCUUGCAAUUGCUUUAGGUUUUGUGGGGAUUUGGAAUGGUAUUUUGCUACGGACAAGUUGCCGUGAAGCAUCAAACAUAAUUGAGUUGCUGGGGAUAGCAUUCAUGUUGCUUGCAUAUUUUGGAUUCGUUGCAUGUUUUUUACCUGAGAAAUUUAUUUGGGUGCCUUAUCUUUGUUGGCUCCUAUCAGUAGUUGUAUUCGUAAUCACCCUCCGUCUUUAG